AUGCCACCCAACGAGCCAAACCCCAAACAAGAGGAUGCUGCUCUAGCUCCUGCGACAUCCCCUGACUCAAUUUCUGCUUCAGCUGCAGACCCAGCUCUAGUUGCAGACCCAGCUCUAGUUGCAGACCCAGCUAUAGUCGCAGACCCCUCUCCAGUUGCAGACCCAGCUCCAACCCCUGCUCCAAGUCCAGCCCUGGCCUGUGCAGCCGCUACAGCCCCUGUCCCACCUAAAGCCCCAGCCCCUACUAAAGCCAAAGCCCCUACUAAAGGCCCAGCCCCUACUAAAGCCCCAGCCCAUACUAAAGCGAAAGCCCCUACUAAUGGCCCAGCCCCUACUAAAGCCCCAGCCCCUACUAAAGCACCAGGUCCUACUAAAGUGCCAGCCUCUACUAAAGACCCAGCAGCCCCUACUAAAGCACCAGGUCCUACUAAAGCCCCAGCCUCUACUAAAAUGCCAGCCUCUACUAAAUGCCCUGCAGCCCCUACUAAAGCCCCACCCCCUACUAAAGUGCCAUCCUCUACUAAAUGCCCUGCAGCCCCUACUAAAGCCCCAGUCCCUACUAAAGUGCCAGCUUCUACUAAAGGCCCAGCAGCCCCUUCUAAAGCACCAGGCCCUACUAAAGCCCCAGCCUCUACUAAAGUGCCAGCCUCUAUUAAAGGCCCUGCAGCCCCUACUAAAGCCCAAGCCCCUACUAAAGUGCCAGCCUCUACUAAAGACCCAGCAGCCCCUACUAAAGCACCAGGUCCUACUAAAGCCCCAGCCUCUACUAAAGUGCCAGCCUCUACUAAAUGCCCUGCAGCCCCUACUAAAGCACCAGGUCCUACUAAAGCCCCAGACUCUACUAAAGUGCCAGCCUCUACUAAAGGCCCUGCAGCCCCUACUAAAGCACCAGGUCCUACUAAAGCCAAAGCCCCUACUAAAGUGCCAGCCUCUACUAAAGGCCCAGCAGCCCCUACUAAAGCACCAGGUCCUACUAAAGCCAAAGCCCCUACUAAAGUGCCAGCCUCUACUAAAGGCCCUGCAGCCCCUACUAAAGCACCAGGUCCUACUUAA